UUAAGAGACAGUUGGCAGAUACUAUAUUAAGUAUUGUGAUGGGGAGGUACAGGUACACGGGGAAGGCUGUGUAACUCAGAGCAGAAGGAAAGCUUCCUGAGAGAUGUGUUCUCUUAAGGCAAGACUUAAGGAAUGAUUAGGAUUGGGAGAGUAACACAGGAAGAGGAUGAAGUACAGAAUCCUGCUUCAGGAAGAGGAACAAACAUGUGCAAAAGCCUAGAGGUGGGAACGGGCAUGGAAAAUUCAGUAAACCCAAUAUAUCUCAGGCUAUUGAAAUAUGGGGUGAGAUAGAAUGAGAAGGUUAAGAGAGAGGCUUGUGAGGAAAGCAGGUCCCAGAUCAUGAAAAAUGUGUAAGCGAUAUUUAGGAAUAUGUAGUUUAUUCCAGAAGCAACUAGAAGUCAUUAAAGUGCUUUCAAAGCGGGAAUGGCAUGGCCACAUUUGCAUUAUAGAAAGAUAAUUCUCAUUGCAGUGCAGAGAAUGAGUUGGAAAGGGAGUUUGGAAGCACUAGGGUCAGGAAGGCCAAAGAGGAUAUUGCUGAGUAAUCUAUGUGAGAGGUAAUGGUGACCUAAACUGGGGUGGUGAUAAUGGAAAUAGAGAGAAGAGUGGAGAUUCCUGGAAUAUUUAAGAGGUAUGAUUGUAGGACCUGGAAUAUAAGAGAAGAAUCAUUGAGGUCUAAACUGAGUUAUAAAGGAUGUGAAUAUCAAAAUAAUUUUGUAGAAGUGGAUUCAAAAGAACUGAGAUCGCUGUGAAGUAAAAAUUAAUGUUUAAUGGAAGUAACAGAAUGCAAGAGCUGGAAGAGUAGCUGGAAGAGUAAGAAUCUGUACUCAAAUAGUGAACUUUCAGGUUAAGAUUUCAGAGGUGGAGAAACAGCAGGUGAUGAUAAAGCCUAGGGUGUGGUAUUGAGUGUCUGUAACUAAAGUGGAGCAGAGGUGAAGACCAUUAAGAUCACUGGAGACAGAAAGCCAAGGAAACAGUAGAUGUAGUGCUGCAUGAGAUUUCCACUUUUCUUUGAAUUGUACAAUGAAGAUUGAGGCAGAGAUGAAAACUGUGAAUCAGAUCCUCAAGCUUUCAGUGAAUGAGAAUUACCAGGAGGUCAAUUCAUGAGAGAGUUAAGAAGGAAUAGAAGUUUGUAUAGACUAAAUGACAUCAUACUAAAAGAACUUGUCUCUGCUACUCAGAAGAAACAAAAAUUUCCUUCAGUGACAUUCUUCUGACAUCUCCCAGAUGGAAGCUCAUUAGUAGAGUAGUUGCUCUUAUCCAAGUUACAUCUUUGACAUCUCUACCUGAGUUAACCUCUGCUGAUUCAUCACUUUAUUAUUCCUUUAAAUUCCAGUUCUUCUGAUGUCCUACCAGUGGUUUCUCCUAUCCUAACAUUAACAGCCCUUUGGAAAUGUGUGCAAGUAUGUGUGCCUGUGUAUGUGUGUGUGUUUUUAUGUGCUGAGUGGAGGUAAAGGUCAUUCUACCUGUACAGUUUUGUGUCUCAUUUUUGCUUCAUAGAAAUGAUGAUCCUUUGGGUCCAAAAGAGAAACAAAAAUGAGGCAUGUGCUGAGAAGUCAGCUAAAUAUGCAGUGGACAUAGACAAGCACCAACGAUUGAAAAGUAAAGUUAGAGGAUCACAAAGAGCAGCGUUGGGAAGGAGAGAUGUUGAGUCUCUACCCUGUUUUAGAUAGACUGCUGUAUUUGAGAUUCUGGAUUUUCAGGACUUCACUGGAGCCAGAAUGAAAUUAUAGGUAUGCAGGAGUUAGUCUUCCUGUUAACGAGUGCUAUGGGGAAAUGAAAGUGGGAUGGAGAGGGAAACCGGGAUUAACAGACGCAACAGUCAUGAGGGCCUCUCAUUCCAAAAAUAAAUGCCGCAGGAAAUUCAGGGUCUUCUACCUGACUGCAGACAGUGACAACAUUGAGAGCAAAAAAUUAUAGCUUAUAAUUUCUUUGCCCUUAGGGGCCCCUGCAAUUUCAUUAUAAUGGUUUUAGGUGUUAAUUAAUUGUUUUCAGCUUGGGAUUCAUUGAGCUUCCUGAAUUUAAAUACCGAUGUCCCUUAACAGUUCUGGAAAAGCUUUAGCCACCAUCUCUUCCAAUGUCUCUGCUAUUCUUUCUGGAACUUUGAAUAGCUGCAUAUUUCUUUUACUCUGUCAUUUACUUUUCCUACUUGUGCUUUCACAUUCUGGAUAAUUUCUUUUCCCUGCAGAUUCAAUCAUUCUCUUUUCAACUAUACAAAUCUGCUGUAUAAUCCUUUCUCUGGGUUUCUUCAUUUUAAGGUUUAUCUUUUCAAUAUCUUGAAGUUCUAUUUUUAGAAAACUAAAGCCAGGACUAACUUAACUUAAAAUUCCCCCUCAAACUUUCUUCAGACAAGAAAAAUGCUGAAAAUUUGAACUAAAGACUCGCGAGAAAGCUUGCUAAUGGUUAUAAAUCCUCUAAGGAGGCACCAAGUUCUGGACAGACAUAUUUCUUUCUGAUCCUUUUCUAAAGGAGAGGAUUUACUUCUCAUUCACCUUUGCUCUGAUCGUUUAGUACUCUGGGGUCCAAGCUGUAUUAAGGUUUUAGGCUUUAUCUCCUUCCUCCUUCCACCCCAGUCCUGCCACGGGGUUGUCAGAAACCACUGAGAGCAAAGCUAAUUUUGUCAUUUACUGCCCAGUGUUUCUGCUUUCACUUCAGAGUUGGGCUCUCUGCUCCUCCAUUUUGAGCCAAAUCAGCUAGGCAUGUAAAAAGAUUUUCUGUUGGUAUAGCUGGCACUGUUGUUUCAGUAGGAGGACCACGCUGGGUAUCCAACUUGAGAGACGUUAAAGUGAAGCAGGCAGAAAUCCGCUUCUGAGAGAGGGCUUCCUGAGAGUGAUGGUGAAAGUUACUGGAAGUAAUGGGAGCAGAAAGGGUUUGUACCAAGGCUCCUGAAAUCACGCAGGAUGAAGCAGAAAUCUACUCUUUGACAAACAUGGAGGGCAGUAUUGGAAUCAAAGGAUGUGAGUUCAAGUCUUGGCUCUUCAAAUUCUAUCAGGCUCGCUCUCAAGUUCUUUUGUGCGGUGAAGUCAAGAAUCUGUACCUGCUCACCAGCAACAAAACCACAGUGAAGGAGCAGAAUGCCUGUCUGACUCACCCUGACAGAUCAGCUAUGGCAGGUCUGCUGUUGUAGAAAAUUCUUCACCCCAGAGGCUUUAUCUCUCCUGCAGGGAAGGCUCAUGAGCAAAUGCUGUCAUUAGCAACCACGCAUUGUUGAAGGCAUAUAGUGAGAAAAUAUGUCAGGCAUUGUUUCAAUGUACCAAUGUUAGUAGAAAAUCCUGAAGAAUUUUUGAGAUAUUAACUGUAGAUUAAAACAACCUUUAACCUAAAUCCUGAGAAUUUC